CGUUCCUAAACGUAGCUUUACUAAAUUAGAAACUUUAUGGUUAAAAUGUCACUUAUGUCAUUCACCGACAACAAUUAAAAAAUGUCGGAAUCGUGUCAAGACGGUAAUUGUCAUGGAAUUAACGAAUAUGGGCCCGACGAAUCACCUACGAAACUCAUUGUCAAUUACAUUCCUGAAGUCAUGACCCAGGAUAUGAUGUUCUCGCUGUUUUCGACAAUGGGUAAAUUGGAAAGUUGUAAACUGAUAGCGAACCGAGGCUAUGGGUUCGUAGAGUACACUUGUCCUGAAGAUGCAGUUAAAGCUCGCAAAGCUUUCAAUGGCCUUUUAAUGCAGAACAAGACAUUGAAGGUGUCGCAUGCACUUCUUAAUCCAGAAUUAAAACCCCCUUCAAAACCGGAAGCAGAUUGGAACCUUUACGUAUGUAACCUGCCUAAUGAACUGACCUUGCAGGAUUUACAUGGACUUUUUGCACAAUUUGGUAAAAUAGUUAAUUCUCGUAUAGCUGCAGGUAUAGCAUUUGUUUUAUAUGAACACCAAUAUGAAGCAGAGAGAGCCAUCCAAAAUAUUAAUGCUACUACUCCUCCUGGAUUUUUACACCCUUUAACUGUUAAGUAUGCAAAUAAGAGUAACCCAAAUAAACAUAAAAACAAUAAUAAUAAUUUUACUAAAAGUCCUCUGGUGAAACCUUAUCAUUGGAUUAAUCAUAUGGGUGCUAUGGGGGAUCAUAACUCUCCUAGCACAUGGUCUAUUUAUAUUUAUAAUAUUGCUCCAGAAGUUGAAGAAUUAACUCUGUGGCAAUUAUUUGGUCCUUAUGGUGCUAUUGUAUCUGUUAAAAUUAUCAAAGAUCAUCAAACAAAUAAAAGUAAAGGAUUUGGGUUUGUUACUAUGAGAAAUUAUGACCAGGCCGCUAUGGCAAUACAAGCCCUAAAUGGUUAUGUUUUACAUGGUCAACCUCUCUCUGUUAGUUUCAAAACACAAAAAAGAUAAUGCUGUGAACAAAGACUCGACCAUAACAAUAUCAAUACAGUAAUGAAUAGACAAAAAUAAUAAUUUUAUCAUUGAUUGGCAUUAAUAUAAGCUGCAUUGAAAUAGACUCGAUAACUGCCCAUGUACACAUAACCAUGAAGUGGGAAGUCUGUAGACACUUGUUGAAAAUAUUAUAUUACUUUGAGCUAUCAGCAUUGUUAAGUUUGUUUCUUAUUAUGAAUAAUAAUUUAUUCAGUUUGCUCGUUAAAUAUUUCAAGUUUACUAGAGAUGUAAGAUUUGUAUUGAAGAUGAUUGUUAUUUGGAUUUUCAGCAUCAGUUGUAAACUAAAAUGCUUUCAUUAUUUUUAUCUAUUAUUUAAGUGUAAUAAACCAUUUUUAAAAAAGUGCUUUUACAAGAUCUUACUAAUUAAUAAGCCACAUUGAGAUGUUUAAUCAGCUACUAGUUUUAGUUGUACACUUUUUUAUAACAUGAUGUCUAUUUAGGUAGUGAAACGAAAUCUAGAUUAUAUCAUAUUUAUACAUUUAGUAUAAAAUUUGCUGAAUUAAAGUUCAUUUUCACAAUUUU